CAAAGAAACCAGGUGUGCGCAUCCACCCACCUCCCUCCGCCUCCGCCAUUCCCACCCGCCGCGAUUUUCUUGCUUCUGGAACAACCAUUCCCACCAAUCCCCCUCUUGGCAGCUCAACCAGAGACUCCCCCACCAUCACUGCCUGUGCUCUCCAAAAUCUCCAAGCCGAUCUUCCCCAAAUCCUCAACCCGUGCCCAGCCCUCCGCCGUCCUGUUCCCAUCCCAACCCCGCUGCCCACCACUCACCGCGGAGGAAACGCCAAAUCCUUCUGCCAUCCUUUGGCACAUGGAUGCCCUGGCAGCCGGCUGGGCUGGCGCGGCUCCCCCCGCCCCCGCCGCACAUCUGGGCAGCUGUGGCGGCGGCAGGCCCCGCGUUCUGCCCCGGCAGCGCUGACAUCAGCGCGGUUUCCUGCCCUCCGCCGCCGCACCGGGUGCGCAGAGCCCCGGGCAGCCCCGGGACACCCCGGCAGAGCCCCCAGAGCCAUGGAGUCGGUGGCCCUGUACAGCUUCCAGGCGACGGAGCAGGACGAGCUGCCCUUCCGGAAAGGGGACACCCUGAAGAUCCUCAACAUGGAAGAUGACCAGAACUGGUACAAGGCUGAGCUGUUCGGCUGCGAGGGCUUUGUCCCCAAAAACUACAUCAAGGUCAAGCCACACCCGGUGCGGAUGCGGUGCCGGGGUGUCCCCGGGGGUGCCCGAGUGGCUCAGCCCGGUGCCCCUCGCAGGUGGUACGCGGGCAGGAUCUCCCGGCACCUGGCAGAGGAGCGGCUGCUCCAGCGCGAUCACCUGGGAGCCUUCCUGAUCCGCGACAGCGAGAGCGCCCCGGGAGAGUUCUCACUCUCCGUCAACUACGGGAAGAACGUCCAGCACUUCAAGGUGCUCAGGGAGAGGAACGGCAAAUAUUUCCUCUGGGAGGAAAAGUUCAACUCCCUCAACAAGCUGGUGGAUUUCUACAGGAUGACCACGGUCGCCAAAGAGCAGCAGAUUUUCCUGUGGGACAAGGACCAGACCCAGGAGGUGAAGAGACCCCGAUUCGUGCAAGCCCAGUUCGAUUUCACUGCCCAGGAGGGCUCCCAGCUGCCCUUCCUCCGUGGGGACAUCAUUGAGGUCCUGGACUGCCCCGACCCCAGCUGGUGGCGGGGGAAGAUCUACGGCCGCGUUGGGCUCUUCCCCCGGAGCUACGUCCACCCUGUCCGCCAGUGACCGUCACCGCUGGUCCUGGCCCCGGUGUCCUCACUCACCAGAGCUGCCUCCUGCCUGUCCUGAGUGUCCACGCACCCCUGAGUGUCCCCAGGAUGGUGCCUGGCCCUUGUGAAACCUCAGCUGUGGCUCCCCUGUUCCCCAGGGACGGGGCUGGCAGUGCUGCUCCCCGGGGAGGGAGUGGGCAGUGUUCAACCAUGGCCAUAAAAACUUUUCCAGAGCCACAAUCCAGUGGGAUGAGAGCAACAGAGGGGGUGAGCCCAAAACCCCAAACUUUGGCUCCUCUCCAAAGCCCCAGCUCCAGGGAGAGCUGCAGGCAGCCAGGACACAACCAGGAUCCACAACUCCACGGAGGAAUUCCAGAACUCAGGGUACCAGGGAAGGCUGAUCCAGGGGGAUUCCAUGCAGGAGAUACUGUUCAGAGCUGCAAUUUGUGGCACUUUUUAAUAUUCUUUUUUAUUUAGGGCUGGUAAAAUGUGUCAGGGCGUUGUC